AUGAUAUCAGUAAAAGACGACAAGAAAAAGAAACGAUCAAAUAAGGGGAGAGUAUUCCAAUGUACAGGGUUCCCAGGGUGUAAUAUGGCAUUCACAAGGUCUGAACAUUUAGCUAGACACAAAAGGAAACACACAGGGGAAAGACCAUUCACAUGUCCAUUCUGUUCUAAGAACUUUUCCCGUUUGGACAAUUUAAGACAACAUAAAUCAACUGUUCAUGCUUACGAGAAUUAUUUAUCCAACAAAGACCAACCUGAUACUCCUAAAAAAAUUGAUAAUUUAAAAGCCGAAGAGAGUUAUUUCAUAUCACCACCAAAUUCUAAUAGUCCACAUCAAAACUACCCAUAUUUCCAAUAUUCAAAUAGUCCAUUACCACCAUUACCUUUAAAUAUGAUGCAACAUCCAAUGGUUGGUGUUAAUUAUAGUCAAAUACAGGGACAGAGUCAAAUACAGGGACAAGGUCAUAUACCGAAUCAGAAUCAAAUUCAAGGUCAAGGUCAACCACCAUUACAAAAUCAAAUGCUGCAUCUACAAACAAAUCGAGUCGGUCAUAACUAUCAAGUGUCUCAGGAAAAUCUUCAAAAUGCUCAAAAUCAAAACGGUCAAAGUAACGGCCACGGGGGUGUAAAUGUUCAAACACCAAAUGGUCAAGCUCAAGGACCAAAUAAUAAUCAAAACCCUCAUGUUCCACAAUCCCAAUCAGUUCCUUUAGAAUCUGAUCAUCAUGAUGAUUCCCUCAAAUUACCCAAUCAUGAAUUUAAACCAAAAAGAAGACCAAGACCACUUUCCCUUCAUCAUUCAUUCCAUACAGAAUCCCCAUUAUCGUCAUUAUCAUCAUCAGCUACUCCAACUUAUUCUCAUCAACCAAUUUAUACAGAAUUAAAAUCUGCACCCCCAGUACCAAUAUUUUCAUUUGCUCAACAAAUGAAUCAACCUUUAAGACCUUAUAAAUUUUUAAAUCCUAAAGGUGAAACUCCAAUAAUAUCCCCAUUAUCACCAUUAUUUCAUCAACAUCCACAAUAUCAGUAUCCUCAACAUCAACCAAAUUUACCCAAAUUAAAUCAUAAAACAUCAAAUAGCUCAGUUUCAAAUAUUUCUAAUAUUUCCAACAAUUCCAACACUUCCAAUAAUUCAUUCAAUUCAAUCAAUUCCACAAACUCCAUAUCCUUGCCACCAAUGCAUAAAGUAUCUAAUUCAUUAGAUAUCGAUACCGCUUCAACGACACCUUUGAAGAAAGAUAGUACUAAAGAUUGGCUUCGAGGAGUCUUGAAUGAAGAGAGUAAUUUGAAAAAGAAAACCAUUUCCACUAAUAUCCCCACUAAUAUCCCCACUGCCAUUAAUGAAAAUCUCAAUGAUACAAAUAAUAAUGAUAAGAAACCCACGAUAAAUAAUCUUUUGAGUCCAUAUCAUGAUGCUAAUUUUCCUAAUGAUGUUAAAUAA